AUGGACUCGAUUCAAUAUAAUAAUUGCUUAAAUAUAUUAUCUAAGUUAUUUUCAAGACCGAUUCAUAAGUUAUUCCUCGGAUCACCCGAAUUUCCAUGCGAUAUGAAAAUAGAAAAGCCAACAACCUUACAAGUAAUCAAAACGAAACUAUAUGCCGGUCUUUACGAAGAAGCUACAGACUUUGCAAAAGAUGUCCGUCAUCUAUUGACGUAUUUUGCUUCUCCAGCAACAACUGAUCCAAUUUAUAGAGUAGCUGCACAACAGCUUUUAGAUGAAUUCAAUGCUGAUUUUGGCAGUAAAUUCAAAUCUAAAGAUUUACGCUCGAUUAAAUUAAUAAUUUUGUCAAAUGAUUUUCAUGAAUAUCUCAAACAUCAUAAAUUCACGAAGAAUUUUCCUACCGAAGUAGAUGGUAAACCUCAUGCACUAUGUUUGCAGCAAAAUUAUACAGAAAUUUCAGACAAACAACUAAUUAGGGAAAUCAAGUUUCUUCAUUCACCUGAUUUAUUAAUGCGAGUUGCAAGUUUUGUAUACCAACUACAACCAGAUGCAAUUAUCAUGGAUUCUAAUAUUUCGAUAAAAUUCGAAACUAUUUCAGAAGGAAAACUAAUUGAAAUUAAGAAAUUUGUACACACUCUACUCAUUGAUGCUGCCAAAGGAAAAUAUGAUCCAUAUAAACAACAAAUUGGUACUUUUGGUUGA